AUGAUCAUCAUCAACAGCUUCUUCACGUGCAUAUGUUGGAUCCCCUUGGUCGUCGCCUACCCUCUCGAAACUGUUACUACCAAACAGCGAAGUAUCUAUUUCGCAAUCACUCUGCUUACGAUCAAUGUGACAGCCUUUGUGACGAGCUACCUGACUCCUGUCGGCAUCGCCGAUAUUGGCUGGCGUUACUACAUGCCAACUGCCGUCUGGAACGCUAUCAUGGUGAUCAUCAUUUACUUCACAUUCAUAGAGACGAAAGGAUUGACACUGGAAGAGAUCGCCACCCUCUUUGACGGAGACGAAGAUUUUGUCAACAGUGCGAUUGCUGUCAGUCAUGACAUGGGGUUGAAGAGAGGGGAGUUUGUGGUUCAUGAUGAAGUUGCGGCACCGAAUAUUGCUUGUGAGAAGCAGGUCUAA